AUGUAUAAUAAUAGACGGCGCUGUUUAUUUUGUCAAAAUAAGUGUAAAUUUACUGUACACACUGAGCCAACACCAUAUCAAAUGGAAAGACAACUCCAUCUUGCAAUAGACUUUAGAACCCAAAAAACGAACCAAAAUGACGAGAAAGAAAAAGGUGUGACAAGCAAAGUAAAAAUACCAAAAAAUGAAUUUGGAUGUGAAUAUGCCGGUGAUUUAGUGAAAUUUUCAGAAGCAAAAAUUAGAGAAAAAAAUUAUGAAAAUGAGCACUUGGGUUGUUAUUUAUAUUUCUUUAACUUUAAAGGAAAGAGGUUUUGUAUUGACGCAACUAAACCAAAUGACAGAAUUGGACGCCUCAUCAAUCAUAGCCGUAAAAAGCCGAAUCUGAAAACAAAAAUAUUAGAUCUCGAUGGCAAGCCUCGUCUAAUUUUUAUUUCAUUAAGAGAGAUAAGUCCAGGCGAGGAAUUAACAUACGACUACGGUGAUAGAAGUAAAGAAGCUAUAGCUGCCCAUCCAUGGCUGAAUACUAGUUGAUUUUAUUCAAACUUGACAAAUCAUCGAAAAUUGUAAAAUUUGUAUUUUAUUUAAAAUAGCUUUUUCAACAAUAAACAAUUUGUAAAGAAAA